AUGGCGAUUGGCCGACGAAUAACGGCACCUUACGCCGGCCUUUUCGAUCCCACGCGGUUUGUAACGUCGUGGAUUCUCCCACCAGGCGCCCUCUUCGCAAUACGCGCGCUAUUGGCCCUAUACGCCUUCACCACCCUCUUUUUCAUCUUCGGCUGGAACGGUACCCAUGGCAGGUCCGAGGCGUCGCAGCAAUCUUUCUCCUUCUUUACGGUGCUGACGUAUUGGGGCCUCGCCUUCUAUUAUGCCUUUGCUGCUGUGCACACUGGCAGUUACUGGUUUACUGGGACUCCAUUCUUGGCCCGGUGGCCCAAAGCGCUACAGGUGGCGCACAGCAUGUUUUAUUCUACCAUUGUGGUAUACCCGUGGAUAGUAACCAUCGUUUACUGGACGCUUCUUGCGGGGCAAUUCCCUACCACCUUCGCCCUCUGGUCAAACACUUCACAGCAUGCCCUCAAUUCAGCGUAUGCGCUUUUUGAGAUAGUGUUUCCCCGGACGGAGCGACUUCCAUGGCUGGAUCUAAUCCCAAUCAUCAUCCUGCUGGCCCUAUAUCUUGCCUUGGCCUACGUCACACAUGCCACUCAAGGUUUUUACGUGUAUCCUUUCCUUGAUCUUCAAAAGAACUCUUCUGGUAUAGUUGGAGCUUACAUAGUGGGUAUCCUAGUCGCCGCGAUUAUCAUAUUCCUCAUAGUGAGGUAUGUUAUCGCACUGCGAGUUUGGGUAACGGAGAAGAAGCUUAGGAUGACCGGGAAGACCUCAACACUUCACAAAGGGGCUGUCGCUGACGAGUAUCCUUUACACAGUGCCAUUCCAAAAUAG